AUGAAAGAGCAUCCACAAGAACAGAGAAAGGAGGUAAAAGCUUACAUUCUUCCUCUGCCAUACCCUCAGAGGUUGAAAAAGGAAACCAAAGACCAACAGUUUCCCAAUUUCUUGGAAGUUUUCAAGAAGCUGGAAAUCAACUUACCCCUUGCUGAAGCUUUAGAGAAAAUGCCAUUGUAUGCUGAAUUCUUCAAAGAACUCAUUAACAAGAAGAGAAGCUGGAAUGAAAAAGAGACUGUGAUCUUGACACAAGAGUGCAGUGCAGUAACUCAAAAGGUUCUCACACCAAAACUCAACUAUCUUGGGAGCUUCUUUUUGCCUUGCACCAUUGGCAACAUGUCCAUUGAUAAGGCACUGUGUGAUCUAGGAUCAAGUAUCAAUCUGAUGCCUCUAUCUAUGAUGAGAAUGUUGUCUAUAGAAGAAGUAAAGCCUACACGGAUGUCCUUGCAACUAUUUGAUAGAUUAAUGGUAAUCCCCAAUGGAGUGGUUGAGAAACUCUUAGUCAGGGUGGGUAAGUUCAUAUUUCCAGCAAGAGGGAGAAACUCUUUGUGA